AUGCUGCAGUUCCGCACGCAGGGCUUCAACGGGACGGCCGUCAAAUACUCUCCAUUUUUCGAUAAUCGUAUCGCGGUCGCGAGCUCUGCCAAUUUUGGGCUCGUUGGAAAUGGUCGGCUCUGGGUCUUCGAGUUAACAGCCCAAGGGAUUCAGCCUAUGAAAUGGUUCGCCACACAAGACUCUCUCUAUGAUCUGUCCUGGUCGGAGAUCCAUGAAAACCAGGUCGUUACAGCAUCUGGUGACGGCAGCAUCAAGUUAUUUGACUGCACAGUCAACGAUUUCCCUGUCCAGCAAUGGAAAGAGCACAAUCGAGAGGUGUUCAGUGUGAACUGGGGCCCAAUCGAAAAAGACAAGUUCUGUUCCAGCAGUUGGGACAAUACCGUACGCAUCUGGUCACCACAUCGCCAGCAGUCCCUCCUCACUCUCCCGAUCCACUCCUGCACCUACUCCGCAACCUGGUCCCCACACAAUGCCAACCUCCUCUCUUGCGUAUCGAGUGAUGGUCAUGUGCGUCUAUAUGAUUUCCGCACUCCCGCCUCUGCCUCAAAUCACCAAGUCAUGACAUUCCGCAACUCUACACCGCGGGGCACACCCGGCUUAGAUAAACUGCCACCCCACGCUACCGUCCCCAACGAAGUUCUCACCCAAGACUGGAACAAGUACCGCCCGAACGUGCUCGCAACAGGUGGUGUGGAUACUGCAAUUCGGGUAUUUGACAUUCGGGCCUGUGAACAAGGUGCUGCGACAACCAUGGUAGGCCACAACUAUGCUGUCAAGAAAGUAGCCUGGUCACCACAUCUCUCCAGUGUUCUACUGAGUGCUAGCUACGACAUGACCUGCCGGGUAUGGAGUGACAAUUCAGAAGCGGUGCCGGCCGGUCAGGAACUAGAGUUUACGCGCUCGGGUCCAACACUUGGAAGGGAGCUGGGCCGGAUGGCCAGGCAUACGGAGUUUGCAACUGGUAUCGACUGGUGUUUGUUUGGAAGCGAGGGCUGGUGUGCAAGUGUUGGCUGGGAUGAGAACCUUUUCGUGUGGGAUGUUCGAGGAUCAAUGUCCUAA